AUGAUGAAAGAUUAUGUAAUCCUUAAUGGUGAAUUAAACAAGCGUCUCUCAAGCAACAUCUUGGCUAGGUGCGUCUGUGAAAAGGAAGCCAAGAAAAGGAUGAGUGAAGUGCAUGAGGCCACAUGUGGACUUGAACAAGUGGUUAGCUUGUACAGAAGACUUCUGCGCAAAGGAUACUACUGGCCAAAGAUGAAGGAACAGGCAUCUGGAGUACAAGCUGCAUGCUCUAAGUGUUCUGUGCUUCCUUCGGAAGAAGAAGUCCUCGCAGUAACAUUAGCCGAUGAUUGGAGAGCUCCAUACUUAGAAUUCCUACUUGACAAAAUACUCCCAGCAGAUGCAAACCUCAAGUACAAGGUGAAAAAAACAGCUGCAAGGUAUGUUGUUGAUGGAGGAAUACUAUACAGAAAGGGCUUCAAUGGAAAGCCACUGCGAUGUUUGGGAAGCACAGAGUCACAACAAGUCUUGGAGGAGAUACAUGUAGGAGAAUGCGGUGAGCAUCAAGGCAAAAAGAGUCUCUAUCGGCAACUAUUAAGCCUUGGCUACUAUUGGCCAACAAUGAGAAAGGAUGCUUACAUGAGAGUGAAGACAUGCCAUACAUGCCAAGCACAUGCCAACCUAAUUCGCAAGCCGUCAACCAUUCUUCAAGACAUGGGGACACCAUGGCCCUUCCACACUUGGGGGCUUGAUUUUGUGGGAAAGAUCAACCCAGCCUCAGAUGUCAGCGACAUGCUCAAAGGAUAUGGAGUCAAGCAUCAGAAGUCAACCCCGUACUACCCUCAAGAAAACGGUCAAGCAGAAGCUACAAACAAGACUCUACUUGGAAUCUUAAGCAAGAUGGUGUUUGAAUAUGAGAAGGGUUGGAGUACCCACCUCCCAGAUGUGUUGUGGGCUUACUGUACUUCGCCUCGAACAACCAUGGGUUUCUCCCCCUACUCAUUGGUAUAUGGUUCAGAAGCGAUUUCUCUAGUGGAAUUAACAGUCCCAACAGCUAGAGUGAUGACUGUAAAUGACCUGGAAUGA